CGCAAAGAAGCAAGCGCGUCCGGCCCAAUGAUCUGGCCACGUCACGUCGUCAUUCAAAUAUACAGGGUUUUCUGCGCUACUUUACGACAGCUCCUCGUUUUAAUAUAAUUUUUUAAACAGUUUUUUCCUCUGUGUAAAGAUAUGUGAUAUCCAUCGGGCUCGUGAACCUGUCAAGGAAACGAAUAUGGCCAAGUUAUCCACCUCAGAGCCUCGAGUCUACGGCUAUGUGAGAGUCGCAUGUGGAAUAUUGACUCAUCUGGCGUGUGUUGCCUUCACGGCGUUAACUGCUGUGGUGUCACGACCAGGAACUAGUUUGUUCUCUUGGCAUCCCUUCUUCAUGACACUAGCCUUCUCACUGCUCAUGACAGAGGCCAUCCUCGUGUUCUCUCCCUCCACCUCUCUCAUCUGGAAGCUUCCACACAAAACCAAGGGCCGCUUCCACUGGCUCCUGCAGGGGCUCUGUGCCACCUGUGCCACCCUGGGCUUGGCUGCCAUCUGCUACAACAAGCACCUGAACGGCAAACCCCACUUCCACUCCUGGCACGGUCUGCUGGGUGUGGUGACGGUGUGCGGUGUGGCGCUGCAGUCCCUGGCUGCCCUGCCCCUCAUCUACACCUCUCUGGCCAGGGGCUGGUCCCUCGCCAGACUCAAGAGGUACCACGCCACCUGUGGCCUGGUGGUUUACCUGUUGGGCAGCGCCAGCUUGUUCCUGGGCGCCUGUUCAGCGUGGUUCACAGGCUCCGUGGUGGGGCACACCUGGUACCUGGCCGCCCUGUGCCCCGCCCUCUGCGCCCUUGCCGUCAUGAGCCAGGUGACCGAUGCUUACAUGGCCAAGAAACACUUCCAGUCCUGAUCAAGGCUCCGGUCAGCUUCACUGAACAUGACCAUCAGUUGGGUUACGACGGAUUUACUUUACUGUAAAAGCGCCUGAAAUGAUUAACCUUUUAUGCAUCAGCAACCAGCGAACUUGCUGUAUGUCUCCGUUUGUUUGUAGAAAUUAUUCUGCUCAUUUAAAUGCUUACCUGAAUAUUAUAAAAUGUCUUGUUUUGAACAUUAUACUGUUGAGUGUCCAUGUAAAUAGAUUAUGGAAAACAAAGUAAUUCAGUUAACUGUGGCAGCAAUUGUUCCCAAAGCUGCUUGAUUACUGGAUCGAAGCUAUCAUUAUUUUUGUAUUGACCAAUGCAUUUUUCAUUCCAUUCCAUGUAUUUUUUUUAUUUAAAAAAUGUACCUAACUGCAAGAGAAGUGUUUUUAUUCUCUGUUAAAAUAACAUUAAUAACACAGUUUUGAUUCUCCUCUACGUGGAAUACAUGGGGUGACUGAAAGCCCAGGCUGUCUGUUCUCAUCCUCACUCAGUCAGUCAUCAUGAAGAGAACAGCAUAAAAAACAGUAUAAUGUACAAAAAUA